UUUUUUAAAAUCAAUCUAGGAUCGUUUGAGCAGGAAGCUUUACAAGCACAUAACAAUUAUCGUUCGAUCCAUGACGCUCCACCAAUGACGCUGGACUCAAGUAUGAGCCAGAGUGCAGCAGCCUAUGCCCAGCGGUUAGCGCGCAUGGGCACUCUGCAACACUCGAGUUCAAGUGAGAGGCCGGGCCAGGGGGAGAAUCUCGCCAUGGCAUGUGGGUCUGGAGGCUUGUCCGCAAAAAAGGCUGUUGAUAUGUGGUGAGUGCUGAAAAGGCAUAAAAGAGCAUUUUACCAACAGCUUGUUUUCAGUGCCUCUGUAAAAAACGUGCUGUUGUGAAUCGCGUAACACGCGUUUCCUACGCGCGAGUAAUAAACUAAUGAUUCUACAUUAAGCUCUAUAGUUUGCAUUCUAUAUUAAAAAACCUUGAGAAAGUUUACGAAUGAAAAGAUGCAAAGACGUUCAGUAUUCGGUCAGUCAAGUUGGCUCGAAAUCGCCUCAAUUAUUUCCGUGAACGAAAAGAAAUUGUGCACAGUCUCUAAGAUGCGUUGCUCAUAGUGACGUUUUUUUCUGAUUUUCCAGGCUGUUUUGUUUCAUGAUUUCUUAAGCUACCUUUGCUGUGCUCAGAAUUUAUUUUCUCCAAUUUAUAGCUCCUUAUCAUGUCACUUAUUUCUUAGUUUAAUAAAUACAUUGCUAAAACGAACUUUACCUUCAAUUAUUAACAUGGCCGAGAAAAGGUUUUGUGUCUAAAUAUUUUCCAAUAGAAGAUGAUAUUCAAAGGUCCUUCUUUCUUUCAAUUAGUUCCUCGCUCCUUCUUUUCAACCAUAGGUACGACGAAGUUUGCAUGUACAACUUUAACAAUCCCGGAUAUGCAUCUGGCACAGGGCACUUCACACAGUUAGUUUGGAAAGGAAGUGACAAACUGGGAAUGGGACACGCCACGUCCGGGCAAUGCACCUACGUUGUAGGACGGUAUAAACCAGCUGGGAAUAUGAAGGGUGACUACGAGAAUAAUGUUAUGAAGGGAAGUUUUAGUAAAGAGGAAUAUUGUAACGAGGGAGGUGGCGGUGGUGGAAAUGGAGAGGGAGGUGGUGGCUUGGGACCUGGAGGUGGAGGUGGUGGGUGGGGAGGUGGCGGUGGCGGUGUGGGCGGAGGCGGUUGGGGAGGUGGAGGCGGGUGUGAAGGUGGAGGUUGGAAACCCGGAGGUGGGUGUGGAGGUGGAGGCUGGAGACCUGGUGGUGGAGGCGGGGGUGGAGGCUGGAGACCUGGUGGCGGAGGCGGAGGUGGAGGUUGGGGACCCGCUGGAGGUGGCUGGAGACCCAGUGGUGGAGGCGGAGGCGGAGGAUGGAGACCCAGUGGUGGAGGCGGAGGCUGGAGACCCGGUGGUGGAGGCGGAGGCGGAGGCUGGAGACCCAGUGGUGGAGGUGGUGGUGGAGGUGGGAGACCUGGUGGUGGAGGUGGUGGUGGAGGUUGGAGACCUGGUGGUGGAGGUGGUGGUGGUGGUGGAGGCUGGAGACCUGUAGGUGGAGGUGGUGGUGGUGGUGGAGGCUGGAGACCUGUAGGUGGAGGUGGUGGUGGUGGUGGAGGCUGGGGACCUAUAGGUGGAGGUGGCGGUGGGGACUGGAGACGUUGA